AUGAGCGAUACCAAGGAUGCAGAUGCAGACACGCCCGCGCAAGGCGAUGCGGCGGCGCAGCAGCAGCAGCAGCCCUCGGCCGCAGACGAGCUCUGGCACCUGUCGCUCAACGACUCUAAGCCUGACACGAUCGUCCUCCUCCAUGGCCUAGGCAGCUCGCAUUGCGAGUGGGAGCUCGUCUCAUCGCAUCUUGGCGCCUACCACCUCCUCGUGCCAGACCUUCCGGGACACUCGUCAUCGGCGGGCCUCUCGCCCUGCUCCAUCCCCGCGCAGGCCACGCGUGUUGCCGACCUGAUCCGUCGGCGCGCGCAUGGCGGCGUCGCGCACCUCGUCGGCAUGUCCAUGGGCGGCUUCGUGGCCGUCGAGACGGCGCGCGCGCACGCUCCCCUCGUGCGCUCCGUCUUCGGCUCCGGCUGCGGGCCCUUUGCCGGCUGGCGCCUCUGGGCGGCGCGGUACCCAGGCGCGCUUGUCGCGCUGCAGGCGGCGCACAGUAUGCUCCCCGCCUUGCUGGCUGACCGUAUCAACGACGCGGCAUGGCGGGCGCAGGGGCUGACGGUAGGCGAGGACCUACGCAGCGACAUCAGGCGCAACGCUCGCGGGGCGCUCCUCAGGGAGGUGUUUGGGAGCAUCGCCCUCGUGGAGCUGGGCGCGCUGCGGGCGGCGCCGCCGACGGCCAGGGCGCUGGCCGUGACGGGCGGCAGGAUGGAGGACGUCGAGGCGACGCGGAGGCUGGGCGCGGCGCUCAAGGCGGGCUGCGCGCAGAGCAGGGCCGCCAUCGUCCGGGAGGCGGUGCACCCGUGGAACCUGCAGUUCCCAGAGCUGUUCGCCAGAGGCGUGUGCGCGUGGGUCGAGGAAGAGCCGUUGCCUGAAGAGUACGAGGACCUGCUGCCCGAGACUCUAGGCAAGGAGUAA